GGAAAUAUAGGCCGAACAGGCCUCGUGCUUACCGGGACCAUCGCCCCCACCACCCAAUACAUCGAACACCACAAACAUGUACUCCACAUCCAUAUCAUUUGCCUCUACUUUCCUUGGCUCCCAGACAUGGUCCGAAGCUCAAACUUGAUGAUAUCCAAUGCGUGUAUGAGGACAUGAUAGUUACUCCAACUUCAUGCCAUUAUUCAAGUAGUUAUUGAAGUGUUUUCAGAAAGUUAUGAAAGAUUGGGUUGGCAACCAUCACUUGCAAGACAUUGACUGCCACUAUAUACACACAUAGGUGGAUCAAUCCCAUACAACUCUCUAGACUCUGGCUACUCAUCAAGACCAAUUGCCUUACUUUCUCUUACUCUAGCUUUAUAUAAUCACCAAUACUCAAAGCUUACUCACAAAUGGAGAGUAUGGGCAAUUCUCAAGAACAUAUAGUCAUGAUUCCAUUCUUGGCACAAGGCCAUAUAAUUCCAUUCAUGGAACUAGCCAAAAAAAUUCAAGAAACAACAGAUUUUACCAUAACUCUUGUGAACACACCUCUCAACAUACAAAAACUCAAAUCUGCACAAUCAAGCUCAUGCAAAAUCCAUUUUGCUUCACUUCCCUUUAACCCUCUUGACCAUAACUUACCACCAAACACAGAAACCACAGAAGCCCUUCCUCUGACCCAUGUAAUAGCCCUUUUUCAUGCCUCAACUUCACUCCAACUUCCGUUUCAAGAACUCAUAUCUGAGUUAACUUCGAAACACGGCAAGCCCCCACUCUGCAUUAUCUCUGAUGUGUUCAUGGGAUGGACUAAUCAGGUUGCAAAGUUGUUGCAUAUCACCAAUGUUAGCUUUAGUACUUGUGGAGCUUAUGGCUCUGCUGGUUAUAUUUCAGUAUGGCAAAACCUACCUCAUCGGUCCCUGGAAUCGGAUGAUCAGGAGUUUGUUAUGCCAGGGUUUCCUGACAGAUGUAAAAUCACGAGAGCCCAUCUUCAUAAAUAUGUGAGAAAUGCUGAUGGUAAUGAUGAUUGGUCCAAGUUUUUCCAGCCACAAAUAUCACUUUCUUUAGGCUCGUUUGGUUGGCUAUGUAACACAGUUGAGGAAAUUGAGCCAUUGGGUUUAAAAGUACUUGAGAACUACACUAAACUUCCUAUUUGGUGUAUUGGUCCUCUUCUUCCACCAAGAAUGCUUGAUAGCUCCUCCAGCAAUGAGAUUUUUGGCAAAAGAGCUGGUAAAGAACCCGGACUAUCACCCGAAACAUGUCUACAAUGGCUUGAUUCUUAUGCUGAGAAUUCAGUACUUUACAUAUCUUUUGGUUCACAGAAUACAAUUAGUCCUGCUCAAAUGAUGGAGUUGGCUACAGGAGUAGAAGAAAGUGGGAAACCAUUCAUAUGGACAAUAAGGCCUCCUAUUGGUUUCAAUCUUAAUGAAAAGUUCCGAGAUGAAUGGCUACCACACAAGUUUGAGGAACGAAUGUCGGCCUCCAAACGUGGACUGUUAGUCCAUAAAUGGGCACCCCAGUUGGAUAUACUGUGUCAUAAAUCUACAGGAGCAUUUCUUACUCACUGUGGAUGGAACUCGACAUUGGAGAGUUUGAGCCAAGGGGUGCCACUCAUCGGUUGGCCAUUGGCUGCAGAACAAGUUUAUAAUUCUAAGAUGAUAGAGGAAGAGAUGGGUGUGGGAGUAGAGCUGACAAGAGGAUUAGAAAGUUGCAUUAGGAAGAAUGAUGUGAAAAGAGUGAUCGAGACUGUAAUGGAAAACGAGGGCAUAAGGAAAAAAGCUAAUGAAAUUAGUAAAAUGAUCAAAAAAGGUGCAAGACCAAUUAAUGGUAAGAAAGGAUCUUCUUUAAGAGCAAUGGAUGAUUUUGUUUCGACCCUUCUUUCAAUUUCAAGAGUAUGAGCAAGGUUAUUUUGUUCAUUUUAGGAAUGUUUUUCAAUAGUUUUAACGUUUCUUAAGCACUGAAAGUUAAAAUGUUAUGGAUUGAGAUUACAUGACAGUGGUUCUUUAAUUUGCAACCUUUGUUCUUCUUGAAGUACAUUGCUAAUGCACCUAAGUGCUAGUUUUCUCA